UUUUAAUUAUAGGUUAGAACUUUUGUUUUUGUUAAUAACAUAAUAAUCAAAUUGAAGUUAUAUUUAAAAUAAAGUUAUUUUAAAAUAAUUUAUUGAAGGCUAUCAGCAACGUCAUGAGUAAAUCUAAGAAACCUCGUAAACGUUAUGAAACAGACUCGGAAUCAGAUAGCGUCGAUAGUGCCGAGGAAGCUCGUAAACGAGACAUUAAGGAAAGGGAUGAAUUUGCUGAAAGACUUAAAAAGCGGGACGAGGCAAAAACAAGAAAUAUCGUACAAGCUUCCGAUCGACGAGCGUAUGAAGAAGCGGCGAAAAGAUUAAAACUGGAAAAUGCCGAGAGAGAAAAAAUAAUUCCCAAAUUGAGAGUAGAAUCUAGACGAAAGUACUUGGAAAAAAGGAAAGAGGAUAAAGUAGCUGAAUUAGAAGCUGAUAUUAUAGAUGAUGAAUAUUUAUUUGAAGAGGAAGUAUUAACACAGCGUGAGAAGAAAGAGAGAGAGCAUAAAAAAGAGCUUCUUAAAUUAGCACAAGAACAUGAAAAAGCUAGGGAGCUUGAACGAGUUCAAAGGUAUCACAUGCCGAGGGAUUUGGGUAAAAGUUCUGUAUCAGACUAUAUCGAGGUUGAUGAACUUGAGAAGGUCCCCCAAUCUGAACAGAAAAAAUGGGAAAAGGAUCAAAUGGCUUCUGCUGUUUUUAAAUUUGGCUCAAAGGACGCAUCGAAAGGAGAUGAAUAUGAAUUGGUAUUAGAGGAUCAGAUUGAUUUUAUACAAGCUCUACAAAUGCCAGGCUCAAGAGAUAAAAUAAAGAAAGAACCAGAACUUACUGAACAAGAAAAGAAAAAGCUGACAAUUGAAGAAACUAAAAUUAGUUUGCCAAUUUUUCCAUUUAAGGAAGAUCUUAUACAAGCCGUUCAAGAACACCAAGUUUUAAUAAUUGAAGGAGAAACUGGAUCUGGAAAAACAACUCAAAUUCCACAGUAUUUACAUGAAGCAGGAUUUACAAAUGACAAUAAAAAAAUUGGCUGCACACAGCCAAGAAGAGUUGCAGCAAUGUCAGUUGCAGCGAGAGUUGCUCAGGAAAUGGGAGUUAAAUUAGGCAAUGAAGUUGGAUAUGCAAUAAGAUUUGAAGACUGUACAUCUGAAAGAACUAUAAUUAAGUAUAUGACAGAUGGUACUUUGCACAGGGAAUUUUUAUCUGAGCCAGACUUACAAUCAUACAGUGUUAUGAUAAUUGAUGAAGCUCAUGAAAGGACUUUGCAUACAGAUAUUUUAUUUGGUUUAGUAAAGGAUAUUGCCAGGUUUAGGCCUGACUUAAAAUUAUUGAUAUCUAGUGCAACCUUGGAUGCUCAAAAAUUUUCAGAAUUUUUUGAUGAUGCUCCGAUAUUUAGAAUACCAGGAAGGAGAUUUCCAGUUGAUAUUUAUUAUACUAAAGCUCCUGAAGCUGAUUAUGUAGAUGCAUGUGUGAUUUCAAUUUUACAAAUACAUGUCACCCAACCAUUAGGUGAUAUUUUAGUAUUCUUAACUGGUCAGGAAGAGAUUGAAACAUGUCAAGAAUUAUUACAAGAUCGUCUAAGAAGACUGGGUUCUAAAGUAAAGGAACUAAUUGUUUUACCAGUUUAUGCAAAUCUGCCUAGUGACAUGCAGGCAAAAAUUUUUGAUCCCACACCACCAGGGGCCAGGAAAGUAGUAUUGGCAACCAACAUUGCAGAAACAUCAUUAACUAUUGAUAAUAUUAUUUAUGUUAUUGAUCCUGGAUUUGCUAAGCAAAAUUAUUUUAACUCCAGGACAGGUAUGGAAAGUUUAAUGGUAGUACCAAUUUCGAAAGCGUCAGCUAAUCAACGUGCGGGAAGGGCAGGCCGAGUAGCCGCAGGAAAAUGUUUUAGACUUUAUACAGCAUGGUCAUAUAAACAUGAAUUAGAAGAUAAUACGGUACCUGAAAUCCAGAGGAUAAAUCUGGGAAAUGCGGUUUUAAUGUUAAAAGCUCUAGGUAUCAAUGAUCUUGUACAUUUUGAUUUCUUGGACCCGCCACCCCACGAAACGUUGGUUUUAGCUUUGGAGCAACUAUAUGCUUUAGGAGCUUUAAACCAUCACGGCGAACUAACUAAAAUGGGACGACGAAUGGCCGAAUUUCCAGUCGAUCCUAUGAUGGCGAAGACACUGUUGGCAUCAGAAAAAUACAAAUGUUCCGAAGAAGUGGUAACUAUUACAGCUAUGCUGUCAGUUAACAGUGCUAUAUUUUAUAGACCGAAAGAUAAAAUAAUCCACGCCGAUACAGCAAGAAAGAAUUUUAAUCAUGUAGCUGGGGAUCAUCUUAGUUUAUUAAAUGUAUAUAAUCAAUGGAGGGACACUGAUUUUUCGACACAGUGGUGUUAUGAAAAUUUUAUUCAGUAUAGGUCCAUGAAGAGAGCUAGAGAUGUUAGAGAACAACUUGUGGGAUUAAUGCAAAGAGUAGAAAUCGAGAUGGUGUCAAAUAUUUCCGAAACCGUUGACAUUAGAAAAGCUAUAACCGCUGGCUACUUUUAUCAUAUAGCAAGAUUUUCCAAGGGGGGGAAUUAUAAAACAGUAAAACAUAACCAGACAGUAACUAUACAUCCAAAUAGUUCGUUAUUUGACGAACUCCCAAGAUGGAUUUUAUACCAUCAACUAGUUUUUACUACAAAAGAGUUUAUGAGGCAAGUUAUUGAAAUUGAGAGUAAAUGGCUAUUGGAAGUAGCACCACAUUAUUAUAAACCGAAAGAAUUAGAAGAUUCAACCAACAAGAAAAUGCCAAAGACUAUUGGAAGAGCAACAAAAACUGAUUAGUUUUUUAAUUAAUGUUUAUAGGUGUAUUUUAAUAUUUUAUAUUAUAAAAUAAAACUCAUUUUGUAAAAAA